UGUGCCCGCACGGAGGCCGGAGCGGUACGCAGCCCCUCCAAAGUCCAAACAGCUCUAGUUUAGCACAGGAAAAACCCAAACACACCACAGCACCGUCGCCAUGUCCGCCGCCGCAGCCGACUGGCUCCCGUCAGCGUCCGUGACGGCGUCCGGCCGCCCGGUGCUUUCCACUGGCGAGGUGGAGCGGAAUCUCCUCCCGCUCGUCGACCUCGAGCCCGAGGAGAACCCGGGCCUCGCGCCGCUCCGCGCCUGCCUCCUCGCGCUCACUUCCCACCGCCUCAUCUUCCUCCACGAGCCGUCCCGCUCCGCGCGGGGCCUCCCGCUCGCCACCGUCGUCCAUGCCUAUCCUCCCCACCGCAGGCACAGCCACAACCCCCUCCGCUCCCUCUUCUCCUCCUCGUCCUCGUCUUCCUCGUCGCAGCAUCACCGCAUCCGCCUCCAGAUCUCCAUGCCGCCCGCGCGAUCGGAGGUCGUCGCCAUCGUCGUGACCUGUAAGGCUGACGUUGAUGUGUUCUUCGGGAGGCUUCUCGAGGCGAUCCGUGCAAGGGCUUGGGAGGUGGCCCCCGUAGCCGCUCCGUCGAGCGGCACGCCGGUGGCAGAGGGGGCCGCGCCUGCGGAGGACAUCGCGAUCCGGAUGCCCGUUGUUGGGGUCUCGGGGAUACUGCGGAUGGAACAGGAGUCAUGGGAGAGCGCCGGGCAGAACUUGCAAGAUGCGUUCCAGGAUCUCAAUGCCCUCAUGAGCAAAGCUAAGGAAAUGAUGCAGUUAGCAGAGAAAAUGAGGCUCAAGCUAUUAAUGAACUCAUCUACUGAAUCAAAUUCCAAUGAUGAAGAGAUGGGUUCUAAGCAAGACAUGCAGGAUUUGCUAUUGAGUGUUGGCAUUGUGUCUCCUGUGACGAAAGAAACUGCCGGUGCGUUGUAUCAUCAGCAGUUGUCACUACAGCUGGCGGACUUCGUAAGAAUACCGCUUGAGAAAGCAGGUGGUAUGAUGGCACUAGUCGAUGUUUAUUGUCUCUUCAACCGUGCUAGGGGAACAGAGUUAAUCUCACCAGAGGACCUUUUGCAAGCUUGUUCGCUGUGGGAGAAAGUUGAUGUCCCAGUCAUGCUCAGGAAAUUUGAUAGUGGAGUGAAGGUGAUCCAGACCAAGACACAUAGUGAUGAAGAGGUAUUUGCGAGAAUCUCAUCACUUGCACAGAAGCCGGAUGCUCUUCAGAAAGGGAUUAGCCCAAGUGAUGCUGCAUUCACACUGGGAAUUGCUCCAGCAUUAGCAAAGGAGCAUCUUCUAAAUGCAGAAAACAAAGGCCUGUUGUGCAGAGAUGUUAGUCCAGAUGGAUUCCGCUUUUUUAUCAAUUUAUUUAAUGAAAUUGAUGCCCAAAAUAUUUACUCGCAAAAACCCCAUGGGCUGUACAACGCGUGGAUCUCCGUUGCGAUGGCAUCUCACUGACACUGGUUAGAUCGACUGGGAUAUAUGAAGACACUGGUUGAUCAAGCUGGACAUUAUAGUAUAUUCUUUGAAAAAGUUCGAUCAAGCCUGAUAUUGGUGCGAUCAUAAUGUAUCCUUUGAAAACGUUAGUCUGCAUAUCUCGCCAUUAUGUACCAUAGCACCAAAAGAUGUCAUAUAACAAAUCCAUUUAUUCUGUUUAAUGAAAUAGCAUUUGAGUGCGAUGUA